ACAGGUUUUUAUGCUAUGAAGAUAUCUCUUUUACAGCCGUUGAAACUUGAUGUGAAAAGAAAGCUGCUAGCCCGUUCAGACAGGGUAAAAUGUGUAGAUCUGCAUCCUUCUGAACCAUGGAUGCUUGCUAGUUUGUAUAAUGGAAAUGUGCAUGUUUGGAAUCAUGAAUCACAACAACUAGUCAAGUCUUUUGAAGUUUGUGAUUUACCUGUUCGAGCUGCUAAAUUUGUACCCAGGAAAAAUUGGAUUAUUACAGGAUCUGAUGACAUGCAGAUAAGAAUAUUCAACUAUAACACACUGGAGAGAGUGCACAUAUUUGAAGCACAUUCAGAUUACAUCCGUUCUAUAGUGAUACAUCCUACUCAACCUUUCAUAUUAACAUCAAGCGAUGAUAUGUUGAUAAAGCUGUGGAAUUGGGAUAAACAAUUUACAUGCACACAAGUUUUUGAAGGACAUACUCAUUAUAUCAUGCAAAUUGUUAUCAACCCGAAGGAUAAUAAUACAUUUGCUAGUGCUUCUCUAGAUCGCACUGUAAAGGUUUGGCAGCUAGGUUCCAGUGCACCAAAUUUCACAUUAGAAGGACAUGAAAAAGGUGUGAACUGUGUUGAUUACUACCAUGGAGGUGAUAAGCCUUAUUUGAUAUCUGGUGCAGAUGACAGAUUAGUAAAAAUAUGGGAUUAUCAGAAUAAAACCUGCAUUCAAACUCUAGAGGGUCAUGCUUUGAAUAUAUCAGCUGUGACAUUUCAUCCUGAAUUACCCAUUAUAAUGACUGGCUCAGAAGAUGGGACUGUUCGAAUUUGGCAUGCCAACACAUAUCGCCUUGAAAGUACACUAAAUUACAGUUUGGAAAGAGUUUGGACUAUUGCAUGCUUGAAAGGAUCAAACAGUGUAGCUUUUGGUUAUGAUGAAGGAAGUAUUAUAAUCAAGCUUGGUCGUGAAGAGCCUGCUAUGUCAAUGGAUAGUUCUGGAAAAAUUAUUUGGGCUAAACAUUCCGAAUUACAACAAGCAAAUCUUAAAGCUAUGACAGAUGCUGACAUUAAAGAUGGAGAAAGAUUACCUCUGGUUGUUAAAGACAUGGGAAGCUGUGAGAUAUACCCUCAAACUAUAUCUCAUAAUCCAAAUGGGAGGUUUGUUGUUGUUUGUGGAGAUGGGGAAUAUAUCAUUUAUACUGCCAUGGCAUUGAGAAAUAAGAGCUUUGGCACUGCCCAAGAAUUUGUAUGGGCAUUGGAUUCAUCUGAAUAUGCAGUUAAGGAAAAUGCAACUUCUAUUAAAAUAUUCAAGAACUUUAAGGAAAAAAAAGUUUUCAAACCAGAAUAUGGAGCAGAAGUGAUAUUCGGUGGCCAUAUGCUUGGGGUAAAAUCUAUAAGUGGACUGGCCUUUUAUGAUUGGGAAAGUCUGGAUUUGAUACGUCGGAUAGAGAUACAACCAAAGCAUGUAUAUUGGUCAGAAAAUGGAGAGCUUGUGUGCAUUGCUACUGAAGACUCAUUCUACAUUCUUAAAUAUAAUGCUGAAGCUGUAAGUAAAGCAAAACAUUUUAAAACAACGAUUUCUGAAGAUGGCAUAGAGGAAGCCUUUGAUGUCCUUGGUAUGCACUUAGAAAGUGUGAAAACAGGCCUUUGGAUUGGUGACUGUUUUAUAUAUACGAAUUCGGUAAACCGGUUGAAUUAUUAUGUAGGAGGUGAAAUAGUUACAAUAGCUCAUUUAGAUAGAGUUAUGUAUUUACUUGGUUACAUACCAAAAGACAGCAGAUUAUAUCUUGGUGAUAAAGAAUUAAAUGUUGUAUCUUACUCUCUUCUCCUUCCUGUUUUGGAAUAUCAGACUGCAGUUAUGAGAGGGGAUUUUGAAACUGCUCAUAGUGUUCUACCUUCAGUUCCAUAUGAACAGCGAACUCGGGUUGCUCACUUUUUAGAAAAGCAGGGUUUCAAAUCUCAAGCAUUAGUUGUGUCAACUGAUCCGGAUCAUAAGUUUGAACUAGCUCUCCAACUUGGAAAUCUGAAAGUAGCAUACAUGCUUGCAAAAGAUGCUAUGUCUGAGCAGAAAUGGAAGCAGCUGGCAGAGCUGGCAAUGUCCAAAUGUGAAUUUCAACUAGCUGAGGAAUGUUUGCAUUAUGCUAAAGAUUAUGGCGGACUGUUAUUGCUUGCCACAUCAUCAGGAAAUGCAAGCAUGGUUGAAAAAUUAGGACAGAGUGCAGAAUUGAGUGGAAUCAACAAUGUUGCUUUCAUAUCAUAUUUCUUACUUGGAAAGAAGGAAAAAGCACUUAAUAUGUUAGUGCAGACUGGUCGUUUACCAGAAGCUGCAUUUUUUGCUCGCACCUAUUUACCUAGUCAAGUAUCCAGAGUUGUCAAAUUAUGGAAGGAAAAUUUAAAUAAAGUAAAUGAAAAAGCAUCCCUUGCUUUAGCUGAUCCUGAGGAAUAUGAGAAUUUGUUCCCUGGUUUGAAUGAUGCUAUUAAGGCAGAACAAUUCAUGAAACAGAAUCAAGUUCGCCAGCCAGCUGCUAGCUACUCAACAACAGUUCCAACUUAUGAAAGAUGUCCCGUUGAAGAAAUGAAAGAAGCUGAAGCAGCAGGCAAGUUUGUGUAUAUUGCUGAUGAUGAUGCUACUGGAAGUUUACAUUCUUUAUCUGAGGGAGGAGGAGACGCAAACUGUUUCUCAGAACCUUUCAUAUCAACAUAUAAGGCAUCUGAAAGUUCUGCAAGUGAGCAGUUUUCUGGAUUAAAGUCUAAUACUAUUGCAACUGGAUCAUCUAAAGCAUAUGGGGCUGAAGAACAAAGUAAUUUCCACAAGGUAUCAUUAAAAUCCAAUUCAAAUGAAGAGUUUGUUCAGAUGAAGACAAAGACUGCUUCUGAAUCUACCAAAACUGUUACAGAAACAUCUGUUGCAGAAGAAAAUAAUGUUGACAGUUUUAAUAUAGAAGAUGGUGAUCUGGACUUGGAAUUUGAUAUAAAAAAUCUUAUUCUGGAUGAAAACAUCGAAAAUGAAGUCAACCUUGAUGAAGACCUAUUAAGUGAAGACUGAUUUAUACUAGCAUGUACUUUAGACUUUGUAUUAGAACUUUUGACUUCCAGAGAUUGGGGAACAGCAUAUCCAUUGCAUUUAAAGCAGAUACAUGAAUUGAUGAAAUUAAUUUAUUAUACUUCAACUUAAAUUGUUAAAAUAUUUUGCUUCUUAUUUAGUACUCAGACACUUUGGAUGUGUUUGGAUGUGUUACUCGUCAUAUGAAAACUUGACUUGAAACUCCAGUGAUUAGAUUAUUUAUAAGUGACAGACAUAAGUUUUUUGUUUGUAAUUGUUUUCUAGAGUUUUGUAAAUAUACUUGAUGCAACCUUUUAUGUUAUUUCUGUGAAGCCAUAUUUGACUGCAAUGGGCCUGUAAUAUUUUAUAAAAAGUGUUAUUCAAUAAAGAUGCAUUAUUUCUAAUAA